AAGAGAGAGAGAGAGAGUGAGAGUGAGAGCUUAAUCGUAAUAGUGAUUUAAACCCACAACAAUUAGUAAUUAAUCUUACAUUAAAGUGUUAACAGAUAACCUUAAACUUAGUGAUUAACCUCAACACAAUCAAGUUAAACAAUCAAUCUUAAUCAAAUUGCAAAAGUAAACAAAAAAAAACAAUCAACAAAAUGAUGUCCAAAUGGUUAACAACAAUCUGGAUCAGUUUAAUUACUCAGUUAACAUUAACCAAUCAAUAUACAAUUGAUUCCCUUGAUUACAAUGAACCAGAUAAAUUGGAUGCUUUGUUGAACAUGUUCGGUGGUGGUAAUCCAAAGGAGACUCAUGAAGGUUAUCAAAUUGUUGACGGUGAUGUUGUGGUUCCCUUUAACAAGGAGGAAGCAAAUGAAAUUCUUGAUGGUCGCAAGGCCAUUCCCGAUCCGGUACUUUAUUGGCCUUCAGGUCAAAUACCAUAUACUUUCCAUUAUUCUGUUAACGAUAAUGAGAAACGGGCAAUUUUAACGGGAAUGAGACAUUGGGAAAAUGAAACUUGUAUCAAAUUUCGUGAGGCAACAUCCAAAGAUUAUUUCCUGAUUCGAUUUCGAACUGACCAACCAGGAUGUUGGUCAUUAGUUGGACGACAAUUUUCACGUUAUCAAAAAGGACAAGACGUUUCAAUCGGUAAAGGAUGUGCUCAGUGGACAACAGUUGCCCAUGAAAUCGGUCAUGUUAUUGGAUUUUUUCAUGAACAAUCACGAAGCGAUCGGGACAAUGCAAUUCACAUAAAUUGGGAAAACGUUGAGAAAGGAUUUUAUCUUCAAUUUCAGAAAGAAGAAGAUGAAAACUUUGGUGUUCCCUAUGAUUAUACUUCUGUUAUGCAAUAUCCUUCAUGGGCCUUCAGUAAGGAUGUACUCAAUAAGAAUACAAUUGUAACAAUGGAUCCAAAAUAUCAAAGGAUUCUAGGAAUCAAUCAAGGACUCACUUUCCGUGAUAAGAAAAUGGUUAAUUAUCUGUAUUCGUGUGAUCGUAAUUGCUCCAAUUUAAAUGAAUUGAAAUGUCUCAAUGGUGGUUAUUUAAAAUCUUCUGGUAAUGAUUCAACUGAUUGUUCAUGUCAAUGUCCACCUAAUACUUCAGGCUCAGUGUGUCAAACUUUACUUUCAACUGACUAUUAUGAAUCACUAUUUCCGCUUCCCUGUGGCGGGAAUGUUUCACUUCCGGGAUAUAUAUCAACUCCAGGUUAUCCUAAGCGAUAUCACCCCAAUGAAAGUUGUGUCUGGGACAUUAAGGCUCCAAUUGGUAAUCAAAUUGAACUUGAAAUCGUUGAUUUUGAUUUUGCUCCUCGUUCAAAAUCACCAAACAAACAUUUAUUUGGUAAAUGUUUAAAUGAGUCAAUUGAAAUACGAUUUACAGAUGAUUUUCAUGGUGAAAUUCAUUGUGGAACUGAUUUAGAAUCAGGAACCAAAUUAACUUCUCAAUCAAAUAGAAUCAUUAUUCUGAUUAAUGCUGAUAAAUCAAUGGUUGGUAGAGGAUUGAAAGCCAAGGUUAGUUUCAUUGGAAAUGAUCAAGAAUCUGGUAAAAAUCAAACAGAUAAUAAUCUAAUUAAGUCAACAAUUAAAUCAACGCCAUCGCCAGUAAUUAAGCAGACAUCAACAUCAACCACAACCACAACUCAGAAACCUUCAACUAUAUUAACAACAAUUAGACCGAAAAUAAUUGUAUCAACCUUUAAACCCAAAGACAUUGAGGAGAUUUGGGAAAGGAUUAAAAGUAUUCAACAAGGACGAAUUGUGAAAACAAUUAGACCCAAAAUUAAGGGAACAAUUUACUAAUCAUAAUUGAUAAUUUCUAAUAAUUUACCUUUUUCAUUUCACUAUCAACAAGUAUCACUAAUAGUAAACUUUUUUUUGUACUAAUCAUUUAUACAACUUUUUUUUACCAAUAAACAAAUCAAUUGAAUCUUUGAAUUGGUCGA